AUGUUGCGAAGGAAUGUAGCGGAUGUCAACUGUUCGUCUACUUCUGUAAAUGCUCCACCUGGUCAACUUCAUCCUCCUCUGAGAAACAGCGCAUCGCAAAGAGCUUUGGUAGGAGGUGAAAUUAAUGGAUUCCUUGGUACAGAAUACACGGUGGUGUAG